AUGGGGAACAGGUACAUCAAACGUAAAAACAGUAACAGGCUUCUUUACCAGUGCAUAAAAGACACUAAAAACUCAAUCAGUCAUAUUUACUUCACCAAUAACCACAAUAAUGAUGUUCAAGAAUACUACUCUUUUGUUAGCAAUAUUUAUAUUAACACAGAAUUUGGCACGUUAUUAAAGUAUGUAGAAAAUCCCAAUUUAUUAAUUGAAAAUUUAAUUAAAGAGGAAAAAUCGUAUGCUCUGUACACGGAUGGCAGGAAGUCAAAGAACUCAGUUUCCGUAGGAAGUGCGUGUGUCUGCAGUGGCUUGGACAAGACCGUAGUAAGAAGUAUAACUAAAAACGCAUCAAUAUUCACUGCAGAAUCUAUAGCCCUUAAUGACGCUGUAAAGAUAGCUUUAAAUCAGCCUAAUCAGAAUUUUCUUAUUUAUUCUGAUUCUCUUAGUGCACUACUCUCUUUGGAACUUACUGAUGCAAACAUAAAAACGAAUCCCUAUAUCCUUGAAAUUAGAAAAAAUGUUUUUAAAUUCGCCUCUGAAACCACGAACAAUAGUAAAAUUAAAUUCUACUGGGUACCGGCUCACAUAGGUAUUCUGGGCAACGAGAAUGCAGACGAUUUAGCGAAAAUAGCGGCAAACACGGCAUCUACAGACUCUCUCAAAAUUCCCUUCACGGAUCUAAGGGAAUCGGCUAAAACAGCAGCAACGCAAAGCACAUAUAGUACCAUAGAAAAAGAAGGCUUAAUUAAAGGCGUUAAUUAUUUCAGACACUACCACAAUCGUAAAUUAAAACCGUGGUACAGUAAUAAAAAUCUCAAACGGGAAAUUAUAUCGACGAUAAACAGAUGCAGAUCAGGACACUACAAUCUCGCCAGCUCUCUCGCUCAGAUUGGUGUAAUAAACGACCCACAGUGUCAAUGCGGCUAUGAAACUCAGGAGAUUGACCAUGUACUAUGGCAAUGUCCCAGAUUUGAUGAACAUAGAUUAAAGUUUAUUAAACAGUUGUGA